CCGCGUCCGGCUUUGCACCGGAGCGCCCCAGGCGGCAGCCGGGCGGAGCGCAGCGCUCAAGCCGGGUCGCCGUGCCGGGCAGCCAGCCGCACGCCUCGCUUCUCGCUUCUUUUCCCAGCUGGCUGGCUCGCUAGCUGGCUGGGCUGCCUCGCGUGUCCGAGGCGGGCGAUUCCACGCAGAGGUUGCACCGCUUCUCCACUUGGCGGCAGGUGGCUGCUCCUUGCCACCACCACCCCUUUCUCCUUUCCUCGCCGUUCUCACGACCCCCUCGCGUCGCCAGCGAACAGCCGGACGCGUGUUUCAGCUCGCUCCGAGUAUGGGGCGUCCGGAUUGAAGCGCCCUCCCCAAGUGGGCUCUCUAGGACCGGGCAGAAGGAAACGGCACCGCCACGCGAGUUUUUCCCCCCCCCCAUUUGACUGGACCCGGGUCUUUCCGCGCAAAACGCCGCCGGAUUACAGCCACUCGGGGAAGAUGCCGUUCGCCAGGUGGGCCCUGAGUUUGGCCGUCGUGUGCGAAGUUGCCUUCGGCCUGUACUUCCCCCGGAAGACAUAUCAUGAAAACGUUUACCUGGAGCAACCGGAAGGGACGCCUUUACUGCAACUCCAUGCCUUAAAAGACUCGGAGGAGGAGAAGGAAGCUUUCUUUUGCCUUUUGCCAGAUUCCGUUCGGGCCGGCUCCAAAAAUCUCUGGUUUCAGAUCAGCAAGACAACGGGACUCCUUUACCUCAACAAGACCCUGGAUAGAGAAGAUUUCAUUGUCCUUUCUUCGGGAAGUCAAGUGGCAAAAAUCGUGCUGCGUGUUUUCCUCUCUUCCAAACCUUUUCAAACCAAAAACUGUCUCGGUUCAUUGGCCAUGACUUUGGUCAAACUCUCAGUCAUCAAUGCCACCAUGCCAGCGUGCGGUUCUCCGACAUCAAGCCAGCUUUGCUUUCCUGAUAUGGAUCUCUCUUUUCACAUCAUGGAGAACAAACCUCCGGGGAUAUUUCAUCAGCUCCAGACUUUUGCCCUGCAACACCAGUGUCACAAUGUCAGCAUUUCCUACAAGCUUGUCACAGAUGAGAACCUGCCAUUUUAUUAUAAUGAGGAGACCACCACCAUAGGAGUGUCAAAACCCCUCGACCGAGAAGAGCGAGAAAAGUACGAGAUGUUGGCCCAGUGCACCUUGAAGGAAGGCUCCCAGGAGAUGUUCAAGGAAGUGCCUCUGCUCAUACAUAUUCUGGAUGAAGACGACAUGCCCCCCUUUCUUUCCAAUGGGACCAGCACAACAGACGCCAUCGUGGAGUUCAAAAGGGAAGAGGGUACCGUCUUGGCAUCGUUAACAGUCCUGGAUACAGACACAACCCCUAUCUACCCUGUGGAUACCAGCAGGAAGAAAUACACGGGCAGCAUCAAUUCCUCGGAUCCGUGGAUACAGGAAACGUUUCGGGUGGAGCAUCUGUUCCACGAGAUUUAUUUCCGCCCAAAUGGCAGCCAAGUGCGGGGGACUCAACAUGAAUACAGGCUGAUACUAAACAGGACCAUUUCCAUUAUGGAAAGCCGUUCUCUCCUGCUGGAUGUCAUUGUGAACGACACCACGUACCAGGGGUCCGACAAAUCCUUGACGCUGCACUUCAACGUCUCCAUCCUUCCCGUCCUGAUCCAGUUCUCCAACGCGACAUACCAGCUCACCGUAAACAGAAACGCUGCCAACUUCUCACAAAUAGGAAAAAUCUGCAUUGACAACUGCAUGAAGUUUUAUGGCGUCAGCAUCACCUACAGCCUAGAGAGUCCAAAUGUCAGCUGCUACGCGGUGGAGGUUGCUCCGAGCCACGAUGACAAGUACGGAAUUCUCUACGUGAACCACUCCGCUGUGUUGCAGAACCCCGAGUGCCGAGAAAUACACUACCCUGUGGUAGCUAAAGAAGAAUGGAGCAGGAAGGAAGCUUACGCUCAUCUUACUGUCCUGCUUGAAGGAUCACUUAUACAUAACGAUGAGAACUGUCCAGACUCCUGUGCUAUGAGCAAAAGGCGAUCGGAGUGUGAAGAAUGUGGAGGUGUCGGAGUGCUGAUGGGAAAAUGCCAGUGGAGGCAAGGAAGUGGGAAAGGAAUAACCACCAACUACUCUACUUGUAGUCCAAGCAUCAAGACAUGUCCAGCUGGGAUUUGUGAUGCUGUCGAAAGCAGAGAUAAGAGAAUCUGCCCUCAAGAUUGCACAAGAACCAACAUUAUUGGUGGCCAUCUAAAAGGAAAUCUCGGAAGUGGAAUCAAGGCAGGACACGGCGUUUGUCACUGCUUUCCCGGAGUAAGCUGUUACUGUGCGAAAGAUGAUAUCCAGGAAGCUUUGUGCGACGACAUGUGCAAAAUGGUGAUUGCUGGAGGAGUCCUGCUCUCUUUCAUUAUCUCCGUGGUCCUCUCUUCCUACUUCAUUCAUCGCUACCACAAGAACGCGCCCAAAACGCCCAUCGCCUCGGCAGAGAUGACCUUCCGGCGCCCAGCUCAGGCCUAUCCCGUCAACUAUUCGUCAAGUAAUGUCCGUCGACCGUCGAUGGACUCAGAGAAUCAAAUGUCAGUAGAUGCAUUUAAAAUCCCUGAAGAUCCGAAGUGGGAAUUUCCUCGGAAGAACCUGGUGCUCGGCAAGACUCUGGGCGAGGGAGAAUUUGGCAAAGUUGUCAAAGCGACAGCCUUCCGACUUAAGUGUAAAGCUGGCUACACCACGGUGGCAGUCAAAAUGUUAAAAGAGAAUGCUUCCGUCAGCGAGCUCCGGGAUCUGCAUUCGGAGUUCAACCUUUUAAAACAGGUGAACCAUCCUCACGUCAUCAGGCUGUACGGUGCUUGUAGCCAGGACGGGCCUUUAUACUUAAUAGUGGAGUACGCUAAAUACGGCUCCUUGCGGAGUUUCUUAAGAGAAAGCCGGAAAGUGGGACCCAGCUACGUGGGAAACGAUACAAACAGAAAUUCUAGCUACUUGGACAACCCAGACGAGCGGGCCCUGACUAUGGGUGACUUGAUCUCCUUUGCGUGGCAGAUCUCCCGUGGCAUGCAAUACCUUGCUGAAAUGAAGCUUGUUCACCGUGAUUUAGCAGCCAGGAACGUCUUAGUAGCAGAAGGGCGUAAAAUGAAGAUUUCUGAUUUUGGUUUGUCUCGAGACGUUUACGAAGAGGACUCUUACGUCAAGAGGAGCAAGGGUCGAAUACCUGUAAAAUGGAUGGCAAUAGAAUCUCUCUUCGAUCACAUCUACACAACCCAGAGUGAUGUGUGGUCGUUUGGAGUGCUGUUAUGGGAAAUUGUGACCCUCGGAGGGAACCCAUAUCCAGGAAUUGCUCCGGAGAGGCUCUUUAACCUCUUAAAAACAGGUUAUAGAAUGGAAAAGCCGGAAAACUGCAGUGAGGAGAUGUACAAUUUGAUGCUUCGCUGCUGGAAACAGGAACCAGAUAAGAGGCCAACAUUUUCUGAGAUCAGCAAAGAAUUAGAAAAACUGAUGGUGAAAAGCCGGGACUAUUUAGAUCUAGCCGCUUCCACUCCUUCGGAUUCUCUGCUUUACGAUGAUGGACUCUCGGAAGAAGAGACGCCCCUCGUGGAUUGUAAUAACGUCCCCCUCCCUCGAACUCUUCCUUCCACAUGGAUUGAAAACAAACUCUAUGGCAUGUCAUAUCCGAACUGGCCCGAAGAGAGCCCUGUUCCACUUGCCAGAAGCGACGGGCCUAAGGCUGUGUUUUCAAGAUAUGCAAAUGAUAGUGUUUAUGCUAACUGGAUGGUUUCACCCUCAGCGACCAAAUUUAUGGACAGAGUUUGAUAGUUUAACAGUUGCUUGCAGAAAGGUAACCAAUGCAGGAAGGACACCCCCCCCACCACCCCUGUGUCCAAAGAAAGUUGAUUGUCCCCCCCUCAGCUCAUUCUUUGAGUAGCAACAACUGGUCGGAGCAAACAGGAGUUUCAAGAAUGGGAAAACUUUCCCUUUACUUUUGAAAUUGAUCUAAAUUUAAACCUAUUUUUUAGUUUCUAAAAUGUUUUCCUCCCCUUUUGUGACGACGAACAGUGUUAACGGACUUUGUCCCGCUCUUAACGUCUUACUAAAAGUGGCAUCCCAAGGGGUUUAAAAACAGGCUACGAUGUUGGUUACAAUGAUAUAGUCUAUGGCUGCCAUUUUGAAUUCCCACCCUGGCAGAUGUUUUUUUUUUUAACUAUUUUAGGACAUAUUUCUCCAAGAAUUUUGUUUAGAUUUGAUGCAGCCACUGGGACUCCUUCCGUAAGUGUUCCGAAUAACGUCUCAAUUGUGGAAUGGGGUGGUGAGCAAAAUCCUGUUGUUUCACUAGCGGCUUUUGUUCCCUGUGGUUGUUGCUAAGAAAACGGCAAAUUAGAGCAAGAAGCACAAAGUUUGAAGCACUUGUUUUUUUCCCCCAAAAUGCCUGAGCUUGAUCUCGCAUUAAGCGUUCAGGUUGAAUUGGCAGUAGGAAAUUGCUUUGGCACCAAGCGUGAUAACGGACCAAAAACAGAAUUUUGGAAACCUGUAGUAAUAGAUUUACUGUUCUGUGGUUAUAGAAAAAUAAGUGUUCUCU